AUGGCUGCCAACAACAACAAUCGAGGAAAUCCUGAUCCCUUCCACCUCAAUCCUCUCAUUCACGGUACCACUGUUGAAGGACAGAAUCGACACCGACGGGAGGGACAACAACCCCUUGCUGGCGGGCAAAGAAGACCAAGUCAUGAAAUCUCCCAACCCAGCAGGAACGAGCAAGCUCAAAACGACAUGAACGAGCAAGCUCAAAACGACAGGAACGAGCAAGCUCAAAACAACAGGAACGAGCUAGCUCAAAUCCAAAACAACGAAGCUGACUCCAGGGACGGGCGACCUGCCUCCUCCUUCACUCAUACCUCCCAGAGGCGAGGAACCCGGUACGAGGACGACCAGGAGCAAGUCGGCGUCCCUGAGGAUUCCGACCCUACAGCUAUCCUCGUGCUUGCAGCCCUCAAAAAGACCAACCGCCUCAUCCAGCAACAAAGUGAGUGGAUUGACAGGCUAGAAAGGAAUCCACGAUCGCGAUCUCCCCCACGGAGACACUGCCGAUCACGCUCCUCCUCGUCCUCACGCUCCCCGUCAAGGAGGUAUCGCCGACGUUCACCAUCUUCUUCGCGCUCCCCGCCCAAGAGGUAUCGUCGUCAAAGAUCCUACUCCCGCUCCCCUCGGCGGAAGAGCAGGAAGAACCAGAAACUCGAGGAACCAGAGACGGGAAUCCCCUCCCCCGAACAAGAUCACCGGGGUCCCUCCAAGACCAUGGUGAAAAACCGCGAGCGUUCCCCUCCCGAGGACAAUCGCAAAGCUUCUGGAAAACCACAAACAAAACCUCGGUGA